AUGUCUCAGGAAGAAAAGGCUACAGCUUCCUCCCUGGUGGAGUUUCACUCCGACUCCCACCAGCUGAGCGUCCUGAGCGGGUUGGACCACCUGAGGAAGCGGGAGCUGCUGUGCGACGUCACCCUGGUGGUGCAGGAUGUUUCCUUCAAGGCCCACAAGGCCCUGCUGGCGGCCAGCAGCCCGUACUUCUCCUCCAUGUUCACGGCCGAGGGCCGGAUCCUCCAGUCCACCUGCCGCCUGGACGGCGUGGCGGCCCAGACGUUCGCCGCCGUGCUGGAGUUCAUCUACAGCGCCCGGGUGUCGGUGCAGGAGGACGCCGCCGAGCAGCUGCUGGCCGCCGCUCGCCUCAUGGAGGUCAGGGAACUGGUCAAGGUGCUCACGGCCUCUACGGAGGACGUGAAGCCGGCCGAGGCUCCGGCGGUGGUUCUGCUGAAACGAAGACGAGGCCGACCGAAGAAGGACGCUCGCCCCGGGACCUCGGGGGAACCGCAGGCCGGGGACGCCAGAGAAACGGGGCCAGCGGAUCACGACCCGGGAGACGACCCGAGGCGGCACAGCAAACGCAAAAUCAGGCCGCCGGUGAAAUACAAGAGCUACAAGGUCGGCGGCGACGCCGCGGGAAGCAAAGAGCCCGGGAAGAAGGGCUGCAAGAGGAAGUACCCGAACACGGAGGCUCGAUGCCAGGACUGUGGGAAGGUCUUCAAACACCACCUGUUCCUCAAGAUUCACCAACGCACUCACACCGGAGAGAAACCCUUCCACUGCCUGGUUUGUGGGAAGAGUUUUACCCAGAAACACACGCUGCUGGCCCACCAGCGCAUCCACACCGGAGAGAAGCCGUUCAUCUGCAGCGUCUGCUCCAAAGCCCUGUCCACCAAACACUCGCUGCAGGAGCACAUGAACCUCCACGAGGGGGAGAAAUCUUACGACUGUGAUAAAUGCGGAAAGACAUUUUCUCAGAAGAAACAGCUUAAAAGUCACUACAGAGUUCAUACAGGUAAAUCGUUGCCAGAAUGCGAUCUGUGCCAUCACAAGUUCAUGGAUGCAGCUCAGCUGAAGAAGCACCUGAGGACUCACACAGGUGAGAAGCCGUUCACCUGUGAGAUCUGUGGGAAAUGUUUCACGGCCAAGAGCACGCUGCAGACACACAUCAGGAUCCACAGGGGAGAGAAACCGUUCGACUGCCCGCUCUGCGGGAAACUGUUCUCGGACCCGAGCGCCCGGCGCCGCCACAUCGCCUCCCACUCGGGGAAGAAGCCGUUCAUCUGCUCGUCCUGCAGCCUGUCCUUCACCCGGCUGGACAACCUGAAGACCCACGCCAAGACCCACAGCAAGGAGCGGGCCGGCCCGCCGGACGGGGCCGGGGCCGGGGCCGGGGCCGGGGCCGGGGCCGGCUCCUUGGCCGGGGCCCCGGGCCCGCCGGGGUACCAGCCCGGCCUCGGCCCCGAGCAGAUCCAGCUGGUGGUGACGCAGGGGGACAUCGCCUUCGUACCGGGCCAGGACCAGGACAUGAUCGUCCCCGCCCAGCCCUCGGGACAGAACGUGGCUCUGGUCUCCCAGGGCGACGCCCUGCCCCCGGCCCCGGCCAUGCAGCCCCUCGGCAUGCUGGGUAACCAGCCGGAGCAGCCGGAGCAGAUGCACAUCAUCACGCUGAGCAAGGAGGCCAUGGAGCAGCUGCAGGGCCCCCCGGGGCCCCCGCCCCCCCCCCAGCGCCCCCUCCAGCAGCUGCAGGUGCUGCCGCCGCCCCUGCAGCCGCCGGCCGGCGCCCGGGAGACCCCGCGGGAGCCGCACGGCCAGGCCAUCCACGUCAGCAGCCAGGCCGGCCAGCCCAUCUCCAUCAGCCAGACCAGCCAGCAGAUCUCCGGACACCACAUCCAGGGCCAGACCUUCCAGAUCCAGGCCGGGACCGUGUCCUACCUGUACACCACGGGGCUGCAGGACGGCUGAGCUCCGGCCGCUCGGGGACAAACCGCUGCUGCUCGCUCACAAACGCUGGAAAACCACAAUCAGAGCAGCUCACUUUAAAGAAAUGGUUCUUUUUACAUUUUCUGUUAACUGUCUUUAUCAUGUUUCUGUUGGAUGUUCUGGAACAUACGGAAGAGCAUCAGGGCCAGGCAGGAGAAAAAUAAUGAUAAUAUUUUAGAGGAAGAUUUUUUUUCAUUGUGCACUUCUAGGAAAAUGUUGAAAUGUCGAAAAAAUAGUCGAAAUGUCGAGAUUAAUGUUGAAGCACAAUUUCGAGACAAAAGUCGAAAUGUCGGGAAAAAAGUCGAAAUGUUGAGAAAAAAGUUGAAAUGUCGAGAAAAAAUACGAAAAUGUUGAAUAUGUUGAAGUACAAUUUUGAGAAAAAAGUCGAAAUGUCGAGAAAAAAGUCGAAAUGUUGAGAAAAAAGUCGGAAUGUCGAGAAAAAAGUCGGAAUGUUGAGAAAAAAGUACAAUUUCGAGAAAAAAGUCGAAAUUUUGAGAAAAAAAUCGAAAUGUCGAGAAUAAUGUUGAAGUACAAUUUCGAGAAAAAAGUCGAAAUGUUGAGAAAAAAUACGAAAAUGUUGAAUAUGUUGAAGUACAAUUUGGAGAAAAAAGUCGAAAUUUGGAGAAAAAAGUCGGAAUGUCGAGAAUAAUGUUGAAGUACAAUUUCGAGAAAAAAGUCGAAAUGUUGAGAAAAAAGUCGAAAUGUCGAGAAAAAAGUCGAAA